GGAUCUGGCUCCGUAUUUGUUUCUCUCCCGUCAUUCUUUCCGCUCCGCUGCGCGGAUCCCUAUAAGAUGCGGUGGUGUCUUUCUUUACUGCUAUUCGGCUUCUUGGCUGUUGUACAUGCGUUGAGUAGUUCGGGGAGCCGUCUACUUGUUGUUCUGGAGGAUGCAGCUGAGAAGGAGGCAUAUUCGACAUUCUGGGGAGACCUAGAAGCUCGAGGAUACAACCUUGUCUUCGAAUCGCCCAAGAACGACCAGCUCUCUUUGCUCGCACUCGGAGAGAGAGCUUACGACCAUGUCCUUCUUCUUCCCCCUCGGUCGAAAGGCUUUGGACCUGCUUUGAGCCCCAAGAACAUCAUCGAAUUCCUGAACAAGGACGGCAACAUCCUGCUCGCCCUUUCCGGCAAGUCUACCACGCCCAGUGCAAUCAGCUCGCUCCUCCUGGAACUCGAUCUCCAUUUGUCUACCGACCGUUCCUCCGUUGUCGUCGACCAUUUCAACUAUGACACUCUUUCUGCGGUUGAGAAGCACGAUGUCCUGCUUCUCCAGCGGCCGGGCCAGUUGAGACCCGACACCAAGUCUUUCUUUGGCGGCGAGGGCGUUCUAGCCUUCCCAAGGGCUGCCCCUCACACUCUAGGAGACUCCAACCCACUACUCGCGCCUAUCCUGCGUGCGCCGGCAACUGCUUACAGCUACAACCCCAAGGAGGAUUUGGGUUCGGUUGACGAUGUUUUGGCUUCUGGAUCUCAGCUGGCUCUUGUUUCGGCCAUGCAAGCCAGAAAUUCUGCCCGCUUUACCCUUCUGGGCUCUGUUGAAAGUCUCCAGGACGCUUGGUUCUCCGCCACCGUCAAGGCCCCUGGCAACGAAAAGGAGACUGAGACGGCUAACCGUGAGUUUGCCAAACAGCUGACCGCCUGGACCUUCAAGGAGACUGGAGUCCUCAAGGUUGGCAAGAUUGAGCAUCAUUUGGUCCAGAAUGGCGAAAUUGCUCCGGUGGAAUUGAACCCUAAGAUCUACCGUAUCAAGAACGAGACAGUUUUCAGCAUUGAGGUCUCCGAGUACGACUAUGACAAGUACGUUCCAUUUGAAGUCCCCGAGAACGACGCCCUCCAGCUCGAGUUCACCAUGCUCUCCCCCUUCCAUCGCCUUGACCUCCAGCCUUCCCGCAAGACAGAAAACAGCACCAUAUACAGCACCAAGUUCACCGUUCCCGAUCAACACGGAAUCUUCUCCUUCCGUGUCAACUACAAGCGUCCCUUCUUCAACAACAUCGAAGAGAAGCACGAGGUGACUGUCCGCCACCUCGCUCACAACGAGUAUCCUCGCAGCUGGAAGAUUAGCGGGGGGUGGGUCUGGAUCGCUGGCCUCUGGUCUGUCAUCGCUGGUUUCCUGGCGUUCGUGAUAAUUUGGCUUUACUCUGCGCCCAGAUCUACUGCUUCUACGACUAAGAAAACGCAGUGAAUAAUGAAUGUAUUGUAUCAUCGAUGAUCACUUGAAUGAAUUGUCGUUACAUGAGCUUUUUCCUUUUUAAGACUGUAUAUAUUUCUCAUAUUUCUACACGCUGUAGAGAACUGAGAUGCAACAGAUUUUGUUCGUUCACAUGGCCGUUGCGUUCUUUCUCAACUUUCUCUCCGGCCAAGAUCGGAAUAUAAUUUCCAGGUCAUCCUUGUAGGCUCAUGUCCGGACAACCAGCAAUAGGAGAGCCCAAGUUGCUCUCUUCGCUAGCUGGUCAGGCGCAGAAGACGCCUGGGUAAUACUUUAGCUCUUAGUUGUUUCCCUCUAUAAUAGGGCUAACACAUGUCGCUGUCAGGUCCAAUUGAUAUGGAUCGAAGGUAUACAUUACCAC